CAAAUGUUUGAUGACGCACAGUUAAUCAAACAUUAUCGCUUAGAUCAUCAGGGAAUCAUCUUUGUCACCGAUCUUGUGCGGGAUGUAAUAUCACCAUCAACUUUGAGAAGUAGCGCAAUUACGGCAGAGAUGCAAGUCAUUUUAACGCUGCGCUUCCUAGCCACGGGGAAAAUACAGUUAUGCAAUGCUGAUGAUUUGGGACCAUCACAAUCCACCAUCAGCAGGGUAGUGGUAUUUUAGAUGUUGUGUCCAAGUGGCCAGGAUCUACCCAUGACGCACGCAUCCUGAAUGAAAGUGGAUUGCAACAGCUGUUUGACAGGAACAUUGUUCCACCCGGGUGCCAUCUCCUUGGCACCACAACCAGGGGCCCAACAAAAUUACAACAGGGCUCACCGAUGCACCCGAAGCGUUGUGGAGAGGGGCAUCGGCCAAUGGAAACGCCGAUUCCAUGUCCUUCACGGGGAAAUCCGCCAAACACCACAAAAGGCUAGCAAUAUUAUAAUGGCAUGUGCAGUCUUGCAUAACAUAUGCAAAAUGCGCAACAUUCCUCUCCUCCCUGAUGAGGGAGAUCAUAAUAAUGAUGAUGAUGAUGAUGAUGAUGACAACCACCCUCCUAACAUCCCAUUUGCCUCUGAUGCCAUUGUGUUUAGGCAGCACUUUGCCAACCUUCAUUUUGGUGCAUCCAUGUCCUCCACCUCGUCCGGGUUGAGCCGUGGAGUGGCAGUGGCCAGUGGGGGCUCAGGGAGCUGGGGCUCUGGGCCUGCUGCUGGAGAGGGAAUGCCAGAUGGGCCUGGAAGCUCUACAGGCAGCUCAUGA